AUGGACGAUGAACUGAAUGAAUGCUUUGUUGCGCAUGCAUCUCGAAUGUUCCGUUCAUCAGCCAGCCGCAGUGCUGUCAAACAUACAACUGAUGAUGAUGAAAUGCCGGCGCUCGUUAGCGAUACUGAUGAAGAUGCUGCUGAACCACAAACAGCUGAUGCAAACAGGAAGCAACAGCAGCAGGAUCAUUCGAUGGAAGUUUCAUUCGCAAGCGAUACGGAGUUACGGAGCGCCGGAGAAGGAAAAAAAUGUGACGAAUUGGUUGCAUCUUCGUCGUUCGAUGAUGAAAACAAUUUGUUGCGUAAAGCAGCGAAUAAAGCGGCCAAAACGUCUAAAAAGCAUACUGCUGACUUCUACGAUUCGGACGAGGACGACGACAAUGAACGCUGGGUACGACAGCAUCGUGAGCAAUUAAAAAUUGUGAAAGCUCGGCCCAGUAGCACAUCGCAGGAUUCAGAAAGCCCAGGAGCGAAGAAUGAGGACGAUGAAGACGCCCAAACAGACGCCGUAUUGUCAUGCCCCGCUUGCAUGUCACUGUUAACUCGGGAUUGUCAAAGACAUGAACUUUAUCGUGAGCAGUACAGGUACUCCUUUAGAUCUUAA